UGAGAGGGCUCCGCGACUGACUGACGCCAGGGCCGAGCCGAGCCAAGACGAGCCCGAGCGAGCGAGAGAGGGGGAGAGAGAGAGAGAGAGAGAGAGAGAGAGAGCUCGGGAGGAGACGCUGCGCGAGGGAGGGAGAGAGCGAGAGAAAGGCAGCAAAUGAAGUAAAGGCUUUACUGUCGGAGAGCAGCCCAUGAGCCAGUGUGGAUAAAAGCUGGUGACUGUCAAGAGGAUCCGACCGUACGUCGCUCAGGAUGAUUUGAAACUCCAAAAGGACAAACACUCUUUCUUUCUUUUCACGCCUUUUCUUCUGCAAGGCCAGACGGUCGCUACCCACACUUCUUUUGGACCGAAAGGAGAGGAGGGGAAGGGCGGUUUGUCCAGCAUGAACGUCACCUCGCUCUUCUCCUUCACCAGCCCGGCCGUCAAGCGGCUGCUGGGCUGGAAGCAGGGAGACGAGGAAGAGAAAUGGGCGGAAAAGGCCGUGGACGCUCUCGUCAAGAAGCUGAAGAAGAAGAAGGGAGCCAUGGAGGAGCUGGAGAGGGCCCUCAGCUGCCCGGGUCAGCCCAGUAACUGUGUGACAAUCCCCCGCUCCCUGGACGGACGGCUGCAGGUGUCCCACCGGAAAGGCCUGCCGCAUGUCAUUUAUUGCCGGGUGUGGCGCUGGCCCGACCUGCAGUCGCACCACGAGCUGAAGGCCCUGGAGUGCUGCGAGUACCCCUUUGGCUCCAAACAGAAGGAUGUGUGCAUCAACCCGUACCACUACAAACGAGUGGACAGUCCAGUGCUGCCCCCUGUGUUGGUACCGAGGAACAGCGAGUUCAACGCCAAGCACACAAUGCUGCCUCGCUUCCGCAACCCUCUGCAACAGAACGAGCCGCACAUGCCACAGAACGCCACCUUCCCGGAAUCCUUCGCUCAGGCCAACACAAUGCCCCCCGCUUUCCCCAAUUCACCGGUGAACAGUUACCCAAACUCGCCGGGAAGUGGCAGCAGCAGCGCCACCUUCCCUCAGUCGCCAUCCAGCUCUGACCCCGGCAGCCCCUUCCAAAUGCCAGAGACACCCCCUCCUGCCUACAUGCCCCCGGAGGAGCAGAUGACUCAGGAUUGUCCCCAGCCAAUGGACACCAACCUCCUGGUUCCACCUUUGCCUCUAGAGAGUAACAACAGACCAGACGUGCAGCCCGUGGCCUACGAGGAGCCCAAGCACUGGUGCUCUAUUGUUUACUACGAGCUGAAUAACCGCGUGGGAGAGGCGUUCCAGGCGUCCUCCACCAGCGUGCUCGUGGACGGCUUCACGGAUCCCUCCAACAACCGCAACCGGUUUUGCCUCGGCCUGCUCUCCAACGUCAACCGCAACUCCACCAUCGAGAACACCCGGCGGCACAUCGGCAAAGGUGUCCAUCUGUACUACGUUGGCGGGGAGGUGUACGCAGAAUGUCUGAGCGACAGCAGUAUCUUCGUCCAGAGCCGUAACUGCAACUACCACCACGGCUUCCAUCCCACGACCGUGUGCAAGAUUCCCAGCGGCUGCAGCCUGAAGAUUUUCAACAACCAGGAGUUUGCCGAGCUGCUGGCCCAGUCCGUGAACCACGGCUUCGAGGCGGUUUAUGAGCUCACCAAGAUGUGCACCAUCCGCAUGAGUUUCGUUAAGGGUUGGGGAGCAGAGUACCACCGCCAAGAUGUGACCAGCACACCCUGCUGGAUUGAGAUCCACCUGCAUGGUCCCCUACAGUGGCUGGAUAAGGUGCUAACCCAGAUGGGCUCCCCCCACAACCCUAUAUCCUCCGUCUCCUAGGCUUCACUGUCCUCGGCCUUGUGGCUGUCCACAGCCCAGCAUUUUGGUCAGAAGUAGCAAGAAUAGCGGUCGCAGAUUUGCUUUUGGUUCAGCCAGCCUGCCUUUUCUCGACAUCGGCAUUUUGACUGAAACACAAGCUGCUCUGGGACAGGUGGGGCUGGGCUGUUUUAAAAAAAAAAAAUUGGUUUGUUCUCUACUUGAAGGAUGUCUGAAUUGGGCACAUUUACAGUCUGGGAGAGGCGUAGGCAAAGCGAGCGUGAUGCAACUGGAAGAUACUUGAUCUUUGUGACCAACUGUAAUAAUUAGACCGUCGUACUCAUCAUAACGCAAGUAUUCUCCCGAUCUUGCUCCAACAAUGUCUCUUUUUCAAUGUUCUAUUAUUCUGACUCAUUACUAGCUUUCGCAUACAUAUUCCCUCUAAAAUUCAGAUAUACAGUACUUGUGUAGUUACAAUAAUUAUGGGACAUUCCACCAAAAUUGCAGUCAGCAGCUGUCUGCUGGCUGACUGCAGUAAGGUUGGCAUGAAAUGGAAAUGUUACGACGUGUAAAAAGUUAACAGGGACUUGACCAGUAUGACUGAAAAAUUGUAAUCAUCUCCAGAUACUUAAAACGAGUAUGCCGUAUUCUUCUAAGUGCUUUUUUUUUUGGUUCAAAUAUCAAAGCAGUACAGAGUUGUCACGUAUAUAAAAUCCCGUAUCAGAGAUCAUGUCAAAUAAUGAGAAAAUUAGGGGCAGUAUGAUAGUUAGAAGUGGGGUUUAGUGUGGGGCAUGGCACUUAAAUGGCAUUUCAGACUAUUCCGUAAGAAGAAAAAAAAAACUAAUGUUUAAAUGUUGCUCAUCUUUGUUACACUUGUGUUUCGAAUGAAUUUUAAGAAAAAACAAUAGUGUUUAGAAAAUGCACUAUUAGAAUAUGUGCUGUGCAGUCUGGGUUUGCAAAGCAUAGUUUGGAUUGUGUAGUGUUACACAUUUAAAAACUUGGUAGCUGAACACAACGUGCAGCAGAGGCAAAUACAAGUGCAUUGCAGUUUGUCCAUUGCUGUGUACUCUGCAGCAAAAUCAAAUGUGUCAAAUACGGAGUCACAUUGAGGACAUAAAUAUUUCUGUGACUCUUCAUCUGUUUUUACAUUGACUGAGCAAAACAUGAUAUAUGACUGUUAUGGGAAAAUGUUGAGCAUUCAAUUGUUAUUGUUGACUGAGAAAUGUUUAUCAGUUACUGAUGUCUAAAUAUGAUUUGUCUGUUUUUCUUUUUUUUUAAUUCAAUGCCAAUUUUGCCAUUCAGUUAUUUUAUGCUUUGAGCAUCCUCUUUGCUGUAUUACUCUCUACAUUCUUUUUGUAUUUUUCUGAACAUGUUUUAUGUUGUCUGUCUGCACUUUCACACAGUGCCUCUUUGUUUUGUUUUAGUUUUUCUCCUUCUUUGUGAUUUUGCUCAGUAAAACUCCCAGAAAAGCAGUUUUAUUCCAUGAAUAUCAAGCCUCUACUGGAAGAUUCAAUAAAUUUGUUUCAAUA